GGUCAGGGUCCGUCGGACGCGGGGAGUCGGAGCCCGAGCGCCGCGAGCCAGCCCAGCCGUGCGCAGCGACGACGAGAGGAACUCGGGAGCUCGGCGCCGACAUGAGGUGAUCUUGGAUACUGCUGCUGAGCCUGGAUUCUACCUGUAUGCAAGAGCUGACACUGAGCCCUGGCCCAGCCAAGCUUACCCCUUACCCUAGACCCUGCGCACCGGAUGGAGCUGAUCCUGAGCACCAGCCCUACGAAGCUGACUUUGGAUCCUGCAUGCCAGCCUGAGUGGACCGUGCAAUUCAACCUGACCAAGCUAACCUUGGAUCCUACACAUCGGCCAGAGAUGACUCUCAGUCCUGGCUCAGCUAAACUUACCCCAGAUCCUGAACACCAGGCAGAGGAGACGCCGUCCCUUGACCUGGCUCAGUUGACCCUAGAGCCUGUGCACUGCCGACCUGAGCUCCUGAGCGCUUGCGCUGACCUCAUCAAUGACCAGUGGCCCCGUAGCCGUGCCUCCCGUCUCCAUUCCCUGGGCCAGUCUUCAGAUGCCUUCCCGACGUGCCUCAUGCUUCUGAGCCCCCGGCCCACAUCUGGAGCAGCCCCCAUCGUGGUGGGCCACGCGCGCCUGUCACGAGUACUGGACCAGCCCCACAGCCUCUUAGUGGAGACCGUGGUGGUGGCCCGGGCCCUAAGGGGUCGUGGCUUUGGCCGACGCCUCAUGGAAGGCCUGGAGAUCUUUGCUCGGGCUCAGGGUUUCCGCCGGCUGCACCUCACCACUCAUGACCAGAUGCACUUCUAUGCCCACCUGGGCUACCACCUGGGUGAACCUGUGCAGGGGUUGGCCUUCACCAGCCAACGGCUGCCCUCCACUCUGCUUCGUGCAUUCUCUAAGGCUCCCUUCCCCCGGCCACCCGGCAAAGCCCCUAACCUGACUGCCCAAGCUUUCCCAAAGGGCCCUAAGGGGUUCCCAUUGCCACCACCUCCUCCCCUACCACAGUCUCUGACCACCUUACCCCCACCUCCACCAGGGCCCCUUCCUCAAAGCUCGCUAGAGACACAAUAUCAAGACCUGAAGGGGUGCCCCAUAUUCUGGAUGGAGAAAGACAUUUGAAGGCCUUGCAGGACUAAGAACUGCCCUGUUGGAACAGUGGAUUGCUCAGGACAGUACCAGCCUCAGCCCACUGGUUAUACCUUUGCUCCUAGCUCCUGGGGGCAGCGUUAGUCUGGGCAUGUUUCCCGGGUGCCAAUGGGCCAGGAGGUGGCUUCCAAGCUCUGGCUUGGAGCUGUGAGUGUGCCUGAAUAAAGGCUUUCAUUUGGGUGCAGCA